AUGGUCCAACCGCCACCUGUGGGGCCUGUCAUCGGUGCGAACCUCUCACACGGCUUUUGCGGGCGACCUGUGGUGUAUCUCAGUCGCUUGCCAUUAUCAGCCUCACCAGGACAGACCGCGUGGUCACUUUUGCUCGCACUGGUUCAUCCGACCCUUCCAACCAAUUCCCGUGGACCAAAGUUGUUUAGGCCGCUCCCACAGAGCGACAUGGUUGAUGCUGGCCAGAGAACACCCCACACAAGCGAUUCCGAGGCGCUCACUCUCAAAAAUAGCUGGUAUGCCUUACCACUCUGUCCUCUUCAAAAGCACAAUUUGACAACUGUCGUCAAAAUCUCCCGCCCGACCUUCAUAACCUUGCUCUGCCUCACUAAUUCCCGCCGGGUGAUUUCUUAUUCCGAUUCCUCUGGAUACCGAGCAUCAUUCCCGUCCUACUGCGGACGAUGGUACUUGGAAUGGCGCGUCGGGGGCCCUGCAUUUGCUCGACUUGGUUUGCAUGACUCUCAUACACUAUCCACAGAUCCAUAUCCGGAAGCAUUUGAGCAACGCGUUGAUGCGUGUUUGCAAAUGUUGGCGGGAGUUGUCGAAUCACGAUCAACGAGGGGCUUUAGAUGUGGCUUUCCAGGACGCAAAUCAUCCGGUAAAUGGGUGCUUGAAUAUGAACCCCGAGGAUUUGGAGGUGCGCACAGUGGGAGGCAUCUUUACCACAUGAUCGGUGGAAACGUCAACGAGGUAAGCUUCUUGCGCCCGAAAGCAAUGGAUGCAGAGGUAGAGCCUCCGGAAGGCAUGGUAGUGCUACGCUUGCCUAACAAGCAUGAUGGAGGAUGCGAUGUGAUUGUGUACAUCCCAGGGGAAGAAUGCACUGUCCUCGAUGAAGCUUUGGACAAUCUUUCGUGGACAUUUCUGUCAUGGUCUCUGCACCGAGGGCUCCGUGACAUUCUGGUUGCGUUCGGAAAAGAGAGGAUGGCACGGUACCGACGCCGUCUGGCUGUCACGCUUCGCGCCGCGGUCACAAAGUGGCCUGAAAGAUUGGUCGCUAGAGGGUGGAAUUCCCAGUUUGUGAGAGGGACUAUGGCGGAUAUGGCUGAAAGCGCUGUUCUUGCCAGCCAAGGAAACUCGGCAGAUGUCGUCAGAAUUGUCACCGACAUAGCAGUGGUCUUACAGAAUGAUCCAAUGAGCGACCUUGACAAGACAAGCUUCUGGCGACAUGGAACUUCGAUGCCCUAUUCUCCAACCCUUGAUCCAAUGACUACUAUCGCUCUUGUGAAAUACUUUGUCUUGGAGUGGAGUGUUGAAUUUGAUUACCAGCUAUACAACGAUUUGCCUGAGGAUAUUUAUCUAGGCUGA